AUGGCUGACGACGACCACACCUUCGAGACCACUGAUGCCGGUGCUUCUUUGACCUUCCCCAUGCAGUGCUCUGCUCUGCGCAAGAACGGUCACGUUGUUAUCAAGGGCCGCCCCUGCAAGAUCGUCGACAUGUCCACCUCCAAGACUGGCAAGCACGGACAUGCCAAGGUCCACUUGGUUGCCAUCGAUAUCUUCACUGGCAAGAAGCUUGAGGAUCUUUCUCCCUCCACCCACAACAUGGAUGUGCCCAACGUGUCUCGUACCGAGUUCCAGCUCAUCGACAUUGACGACGGCUUCCUGUCCCUGAUGACCUCCGACGGUGCCACCAAGGACGACAUCAAGCUCCCUGAGGGCGAGCUUGGCGACAAGAUCCAGGCCGACUUCGACGAGGGCAAGGACCUGCUUGUUACCAUCAUCUCCGCUAUGGACGAGGAGGCCUGCGUCUCCUACAAGGAGGCUCCCAAGGGCAACAACUAA